AUGAUCUCGUACCACCACCAUUCCAGGCAGACCCCCAAGCAGCUCGGCAGUGCCAGCCGGAGCAGUGGCGACAGGUGGGACAGCGACGCGGGCGACCACCCCGUCCAGGUGAGCUCGCAGGCGCCGGAGAAGUACAGGUACCCGAGGAGGAAGAGGACCAUGUUCAGGUUGGUGAGCACGGCGGAGAUGGCCACCCCGGGGACCCCCAUGCCCAGCACGAACACCAGCACCAGGUUCAGCGGCACAUGGAACAGCACGGCUACGGCAGAGCAGCACAUCAUCGGCUUGGUGAUCCCCUGCGAACGCAGAUAA